CUUUUUCCUUUGCCAACAUCGUUAUACACGAACCUCAAUCCAAGGGCUUCUAAUACGCAUUGUACCGGAUGAAUCGCGGUAACAGGAAUAUUGUAAUUAUAGGCGGAGGAAUCACCGGCGUGUGUUGUGCGUACUAUAUUGCCAAUCACGAGAAGUUUAAUCGCUCUCGGGACUCUAUAACGCUUUUUGAGAGCUCUGGGAUCGCGUCUGCGGCUUCUGGAAAAGCGUCUGGUUUUCUGUCGUUAGAAUGGCAUGGACCGGCCACAAGUUCGCUGGCAAAAUUGUCAUACAAUCUUCAUCGAGAGCUUGCAGAAAAGUAUGACGGUGCAAAACAAUGGGGCUACCGUGCUCUAGACACUUGGUCUGUCAAAAUUGACGAGCAUUGCAAGGAGCCCGACCAUCUGCCAGAAUCCAUUGAAUGGAUUGAUUCAAACAUUGUUGAGAAAGUCACCCGUUUGGGAACGAAAAAAGAUACGGGUCAGGUGCACCCGUACAAGUUUUGUCACUUUCUGGUGAAAGAGACAUCCAAAAUUGCAGACUUCACAAUCAUAAAAGGACACGUUACGAAUGUGGAGGAAAACGAAGUAGAGUAUCGCCUGCUAGAGGAGGAACCCUACGAGCCGGAUGAAGAUGAUGAAAUUUCAGAUGAGGCAGAACUUCACACACUGCACUCUAUGGAGGCAACGGAUGUUAUAGUAGCUACUGGCCCCUGGACACCCCGUUUACUACCAGAGCUUCGGAUUUCUGGAGCAAGGAUUCACAGUAUACUCGUUGAUCUGCCGUUCAAAUUAUCUGGAAAUGCAGCGUUUACGGAAAUUACGUUUGAGGAUGGUACAACAGCAGCACCGGAGUUUUACGCUCGUGAGGAUGAAAUGUAUAUUUGCGGCGAGUUUGACGAUGAGCCGCUGCCCGAAUUAUCCUCAGAGACAAAAGUGAAUGACGAAAAGUGCAAGUGGAUCAAGAGCUGCGCCGACCACUAUCACGAAUGUUUCCGUCAGUCGGAUAUAAAACUUCGACAAGCCUGUUACCUUCCUAUCUCAAAUACAACAGGUGCUCCCAUGUUGGGCAAAAUGACAGAUUCGGUAUACGUUGCUGCAGCCCACGGCUGCUGGGGUAUCACACUCGGACCCGGUACCGGAAAAGUAAUGGCAGAACUUGUCUUGGAUGGAGAGGUGAAGAGUGCUAGCAUUGAUUUGCUGGAUCCAAAGUACUGCAUGUAGUUUUUUGGCCUGUCCUCAACAUCGAACAAAAUUCUUUUAACAGCUACAACUUACUACUACAAUCUACUACUACCUACUAUUGGAAAAGAACUCUUUCUGAAAGCCAUUUUUGCUGUCUGACCAUUAUUUUUCUUGCUGUUUCCGUUCGGAUGAUGGCAGUACACUCUCUUGUUCUUUUUUUUUUUUUGGCUUGCAAAGGAAUGAACGGUUCUGUGUGAAUAAAUGAAACAACUUUUACUGUCAUCAUCGCCGGUCUGCAGUUAUGUUUCCCCUCUCUCAUUUCCCUCAUUGUUUCCUCCCUAUAUUCUAUUAUCAUUUCAACCAUCGCCUCUUGUUUUUCUCCUUUUCUUUACAGAACCGUUUCUUUGCUCUUUUUCCGGGGCAAUUAGCACCUCAUACAAAGCAGUGUCUCGUACAAGCGUCUUCAACUUACCAACUACUGCUUCUUUUUCUAUUACUACUAUUACUACUACUAUCACUACUUUUCCAUCUACGCGAUCCGCAGUACAUUCGUGUGUACAGUUUCUAUCGUGUUCUGCAGCUGUUUGUUGUGAUAUGAUGGGCGAUUCACUGGCAGACAAGAGCAUCAGCAUAACAGCCUGUUCGGGAUGCGAAGCGGAUUCGUUGGGCAGAAUGCAGAAAUGUCGAAACGCAGAAAUGCAGUUUCCUGGAAGGAGGAUUUGUUGCGGGAGCUCUUGCAAAGGGAUUCUGUCAAGGACGCUUCUUUUCUCUUCGAAAGGAAAUCGUCUUGGGAGUUUGCUUAAGGUUAUACUGAUACACUUACUCAACUUCACAUAAUAUACUUGGUGCAACUCUCAGAGACCUCAAAAAGUGUACUUACUCGUUCUGUCUUGUGUAGCAGUAUUACUAAAACGCACAUAGACCUUGCUUGACUUCCCGCUAACCGUAUCGCCUUCCCUACAUCCAAAAGAUCACAGCUUCUGUUUUGUAAACUUAGCCUUUGUCCCCCUCUCUUCCUCACUGCAAAACUUAACUGUUCUGUUUUUCCAACGUCUAGCUAGAUAUACGUCUAGUUUACAACCAUUCUGUCUGCUAUAUCGUAAAAGCAGUCGGCCGGUAUCUUGCUAUCACCAUAAAAACAGCGGCCCAAUUCCGUUAAACAACUGCAGUUGAAAAAGCAAAUGAUGUAGUAGCUCUCGCUGUUCUUCGUCUCUCGUUGCCCACACACACACCGUUUCUACUGUCGUGCUAUUUUACGAAUAUUAACAUUAACGAUUAUUUCACCUUCUAGUUUCUAUUUAUACAUUGAUCCGUUUUUAGUAAGGGAAUAGAACUUUUAAAGAAGCCUUAAACCAGUA